GCAGCAUGGUGCGUCGGAAGGUGUCGUCGUCCGUGGACGCGCGCAAGACGGACCGCCGGUUCUCGGACUUUCCCGAGGGCGUCGCGAUGCCGCCGAGCAUGUCCUUCCUCGAGACGCAGCGCAUCAACGCGAUGCAGAUGGAGAUCUACGGCUUUGCCGGCUGGAUCGCGUCCAUCGUCGUCUUUGCCUGCUACCUGCUCUGGGCGUACCUGCCGGAUAGCGUCCUCAACCAGUAUGGCAUCUCGUACUACCCGUCGCGCUACUGGGCCGUCGCGCUGCCCGCGAUGCUCUGUAUGUCGAUCUUCAUGGUGCUCAUCAUCUAUGUGGCUAUCAACCUCCUCUCGACGGCGCCCUUGGACUCGUACAACACGAUCCGCGGUAUAAGCUAUAACGACUGCACAUGGAAGCUCACGCUCUCGACAGACAAGUACACGGUCACGAUGGCCGACGAAGACAUCCAGGCGCAGGCCUCGGUCAACACGCCGGCCUUCACCGACAUUCCGCUCACGUCUAUCAAUCGCGUUCUCUUUAGCUAACUGGACCCUAUACAUCAUCUAUGCCGCCG